AUGAACCAAUCCGUUCGGAAUAAGAAAGAAAAGUCUAGAAUCUGCCAUGUGCUUUCCUCGUUCGAUUCGCUACACAACCCGUUCCGCUCGGAGGUGCCCAGGUUAUUCAACCAGUCACCAUUGCUGCUCUACUGCGUGUUGAGCAUGUCCGCCGCACACCUCUAUCCGAACGAAGAGUCAAAGGUUGUUGACGUUCCGUUACAACUCCAGACCAAGGCCAUUUCAUAUUUAGCUGGACAGCUACCCACGCCACCACAUACAAAUGGCUUAGAAGUGUCCAUCUAUCGUGCGCCAAAAGUAGACAAAGUAGUCGGAGCUGAUAUCAAAGAUGAUGUGCUUCUGGGAACCAUUAUACUGGGAAUGAUAUCGGCCUGGCACGACGUAUCCUCCACGGGGUUAAUGCAUCUCCGCGGAUCAAGGGAACUCUUCAAAGCCUGGAUGUCAUCCAGCCAUCUGGACACCACCACACAGAGAUUGAUGAGCGGGACGCAAAACUUUGUGGUCUCGUCAAUGGUGUACUGGGAAGCCAUGAGCUCCUUCAUCACAGAUCAAGACCCCAACGCUCUGUCCUAUCCGGACGCAUUCUGCCACCACCAUCCGCCACGUUCUCUACAGACGCGCCCGUGUCCCUGGACUGGCGUGGAGACAGUCACAUUCAUAUACCUGGCGAAAACGGCGACACUGGUGAGGAGGCUUAGAGCUCUGGGUCGUUUGGGCCUGUGCGGAAGGGGUGAAGAUGUUCGGAAUACGUCGUACUCGGAUCUUUUACAACGAGCCGUGAAUUUGAAAGAAGAGAUCUCGAUGCUCGAAACCCCAGAUGUGGGCUCAGUCACGGACAGCGGGGAUAUCUUUACGCCUCCAGGCCAUCUCAUCACGAUGGAGCAAUGUUACCGAAUGGCGGCUCUGCUUGAGUUGUACAGGGCAUUUCCCGAGCUUUCGGAAACACAACUUUCUCGGGGCUACGCUGGGCUUGAUGCAGUUGCAAAGGCGGGUGGGCAAGUGGAAGGAAUUUCCAAUCUUGCUUUGACAAUUCUCCGGACCAUGGAAGAGAUACCCGUCACCUCUGGUACCGUUUCGACGCAACUACUACCUCUCAUCAUCGCCGGGAGCGUUCUCGGCCCGGAAUCGGGAGAGGAUACUACAAGUGAAGGAUUUGAGUUCAUGUGCACUGCGGGAACUGCGGCAGAGGUUGCAGGAUGGAGGGAUUUUGUUCGAAUGCGCACCCGUUGGCUUUACCAACUGAUUCGACUGAAGCCUGUGAGGCACGGGUUGCUCAUAUUGGAAGAAGUUUGGGCGUGCUUGGAUGAAACAAAUGACGCGAAUCGCGCUGAUGAUACCAAACCGGACAACAAAAGUUGCCAUUGGAUUGAUGCCAUGGAGGAAAAGGGACUAGAGACAAUGCUGGGUUAA